AUGAAUGAGGAAGAGCACAGGUUAUACAUGAGGAAAAUGAAAGAACGUAGCCGGCAGAAGAAAAAGGAUCUCAUUGCACAGAAAAAGAUCGAGGAACCCGCACAAACACCACCUGUCCAGUUUCAACGUUCCCGACAAGGAACUCCGUAUCCAAAUUGGAGUGAUGAGGACGACCGAGUCCCAGAAUAUGCAGAUGAAAAGAUGGUUGUUGACGGCGCCGAGCAACAGUCUGAUUCAGAAUAUGAAGAAUUUGCUUUGGAAGAAGCAAAUGAGCGUUCACCUCUGCCACCAACCGAGGGCUCAUCCGGAUGUUCCGGAAACCGCAUUUCCGCUUGCUCCCAUGAAGUCUCGAUCGAGGAACCAGUACAAUCUUCAUCUGGUCAUCUUCUCGGAUCCCGCCAAAGAACUUCUGAUUCAAAUGGAAUGGAGAAAAGUCCAGAACAUGGUGAUGAGCUGAUGAUUGUUGACGAAGAACCGAAUGCUCCAGAAUAUUCCUCAGAAGGACUUGCUUUGGAAAAAGCAAAUGAGCUUCCUCCUCUGCCACCAACCGAGGGUUCAUCUGGAUGUUCCGGAAGCCGCAUUUCUGCUCGCUCACCUGAAAUCUCGGCCGAGGAACCUGCACAAUCUCCACCUGAGCAAUUACCCAGUUCCCACCAAGGAACUCCAAACUCAAACAGAAUGGAGUACGAAGAGCAAGGCUCAGAAUAUGCAGAUGAACAGGUGCUUAUCAACGGCACCGAAGAACCAAAUGCUCCAGAGUAUGCUGCAGAAGCAUGUUGA